GACUCUUAGUUCAGCUGAGAAGUAGAGAGAAUCAGGCUGUUUGGGAGAACAAGCAGGGUACCUGAGACAGAGCAGUACUGGGGAAGGGUAGGCAGAGCUGGGGACCCCCCCAGGCUGAGGCCUUGCUAAAGGCCAGGGGAGGUACUAGGGCUACAGGGAGGCAGCUGGGGCUGGAAAGGCAGCAGGUCCAAACCCCCUUGCUGAUGAUGAGUGACCACUUCAGACUGCAGUUUGCCCCUGAGGGACGGGGCUAGAUGAAGACUGGCAGUGGGUCACUGAGGCAAAGUGGUCUUAGAAGAUUGGGGUUCCUGGGGAGGGGAGACCCAGAGUAUGGGGGCACUGUUGUGGGGGAGUACCCCAAGGUAAGGGGCACUGGAAUCAGGGAGGGACGUAGAGCCUGAAGUGCUAUAAGUGGUAGAUAUCAGGAGGAAACAAGCACUGGUAGGAAGAUGCUGGCCAGCAGGAGGUGCUCCAAAGCUGAAACUGAGUUAAUUCCUGGAUGACCAGCAGGAGGUGCCAGUGGCUGAAGAAUAAUGGCUACCUUCAACACACUGAUUACUGGCAUUGCUGUUGCCAGUUUUAUCAUAUUUCAGCUUCUGUUCCAUGUUCUAAGUUCUUGGGCAUCAACAAGAAUAACUCCUGCUUUUAAUAAUCUCAACCAAAAAAGGAAGAUUGAAUGGAAUUCAAGGACUGUAUCCACAUUCCAUGCCUUGGUGGUUGGUGCUUUUUGUGUAUAUAUCUUGUUGUAUGAUGAAGCUGUUAAUGCUGACCAUGUCUGGGGUGACCCUUCAAUUGUGAAACUGAAUAUUGCUAUUACCACAGGCUACCUCAUUUCUGAUCUGUUUCUUAUUACUUACUACUGGAAGGCAAUUGGCGACAAAUUUUUUGUAAUUCAUCAUUUGGCUGCUCUGUAUGCCUACUACUUUGUACUGGAUGAAGGAAUGUUGGCGUAUUUUGGUAACUUCCGUCUGCUUGCAGAGUUCUCUACUCCUUUUGUGAAUCAGCGGUGGUUCUUUGAAGUGCUGGGGUACCCCAGGUCUUCAAAAGCCAACAUCAUCAAUGGGGUGCUGAUGACAGUCGUGUUCUUCAUGGUGAGGAUUGUAGUCAUGCCCGUUUAUUAUGCCAACGUCAUUUCUGUGUUUGGAACAGAGGCUUUCCACAGAGUAGGAGUUGCAGCCCAAAGCGCCUGGAUUAUCUCUAGUGUUGUCUUGGAUGUGAUGAACUUGAUGUGGAUGGUCAAAAUUACAAAGGGGUGCUACAAAGUUAUUUGUCUCAUUGGACAAGAAGAAGUCCAAAUGUGUAAGAAUGGAAAAACUGACUAGAAAUCAUAUAUGUAAAACUGAACUUCUCUAUAAAGAUAAUUUGGGUUCAUUGAAACAAUGCACACUCUUGCCAUAAAAUGCUCCUCUAAGGAAACAAGGUUUUGCCUCUUUGAUCUUAACCUUUCCCUUGGCACACUGCCUGCAUGCGCAGGGUCACUUCAUUUAAAGACAAUCCCACUCUAUGGAAUGGGAAACAAUGGCAUAUGACAUACCGUAUGUAUAGGUUCAUACAAAUGCGUCUAGCUUGUGUUCUAAGCACUUAAUUGACAAAUGAACUUUAAAAAGGAACAGACUGAUUAGUUGGUGGUCUUCCAUCUGUAUGUUCCUAAAAUGAUUUCACUCAGGUUUCUCAAUGUGUUGUGUGGUGUUUUUUUUUUUUUUUUUUAAAGCCUGUGAAUGUUGAGAUCUUUUGUUGUAAAUUAUGCAGAUAUGGCAAGUUUCCUGCCAUGUUUCUGUGCUUUCUCUUAUUAGUAUUUGGUGUUUAACAAUCAAGAUUUCUUCCUUGACAACUUUUUUUUUUUUUUUUUUUUGGCAACAAAGGCUAAGAAUUUAGCUUUGAUGCUAGGAAAUAUUUUACUGACUUUGUUGCCUUAUGCAUGGACACAAUCUUUUGGGGAUUUAUGAAAGUUUUACAGAUACUGGUAUAAUGUUUUAUCUUAUCGUAUGUGGAGGGAUGACUGUGCUACUAGAAGGACAUUAGCACAGCAGUAGUAUUGUUAAAUCUGAUCAGAAGUUACCCUGGUAAACAGUGUGUGUGGAAACAAAAUCAUUUUUACAACAGUGCUCUCACUGUGAAGAAGGCGGUGGCGGCGUCAGCUGCUGCUACUAUUUUUGAAAAGUAUUGCAACUCUACUUCUAAAUGUAUUUGUAUUAUUUUAACCAAGAGACUUCUAGGGUGUAAACAACUUAAAUAUAGGAGACUAAAUAGUUUUGUAUAUGUGGCUGCACAGUAACUCUCUCCCCUCCAGAGCCACCACCUUAGUAUGAAAAUGCUCAUAUUGUGUUCAAAUGCUCAUAUAAAUGUAUAUUUUUUCAUAGUUUCCUUGUUGUUCAUAUGGCUGGAAAUUUGAGGUGCUGGCCAAAGAAAGCCAUCUUAUAAGCAAGAAGACUUAUCAGUGGCCACAACAGAGAAUAGUUUGUUCUCUUCAAAACUGAUUUAUAGAGUGGGUCACAGAAGCAGCUAACUUCAUAGGGACAACUUUCUGUUUUUGGAUCCACAUAGUCCUUGGCAGAUAUUCUGCUUUCUCUUCAAUCAUAGAACUUCCAGUGAUGCCCAUGGGAAAUUUGAGAAUGUGGGAAGAUCGGAAUAUGGAAGAGAUGCCAACCUGAGAAUUUUGUUUUCUCCCAUAUAACUGUUGUGGAGGGGCUAGGUGUUUUUGUUUUUAUUUGGAACAAUGCUUUCUUCACUUGAUUUGUCAUCACUUGUAGUUUGUGAUACCAUCUGCUAGUAUGUUCUGCUGAAACUGCAUUUUCACCCACUAGUGUGGUGCUAUUACAUAAAAACAUUGUAGCAAACUAUUCAAGCAACUUCUUGUUUCUUGUCCUGUUGCGAUAUGUUUUUUUGUGCUGUUCUCUUUCCUCUACACAAAUGUAGGUGUCUGGCUAUUAGUGUGGGCUAGAAGGGAGAGCUAUAAAACACAAAAUUCAGGAACUAGCUGUCCCUUUUAUGAUUUAUUGAGGGCUUGUCUACACUUACAGCUUCACUGUAGCACUUAGUGAAGACACUACCUAUACCGAUCGAACAGCUUUUCCUGUUGGCAUAGGUACUCAACCUUCCCAGGAGGCAGUAGCAAUAUCAGUAGGAGAAGCCCUCCUGUUGACAUAGCACUGUCGACACUGGAGGCUAGGUCAGUAUAACUACAUUGCUCAGGGUGUGGAUUUUCCAUGUCCCUGAGUGCCGCAGUAAUACUGACGUAAGUUUGUAGUGUAAAUCAGGGUUCCGUCUCCCUAGGUCACCAAGAUGACUUCACAAACUGCUAGCAAAGACCUUUUGCAUUGUCUUGCAGUAUAGCCAAGGCAGUUGUGGCUAAAGCAGUUCAGCUCUCCUCUUUGAAGAGUAUAAUAGAGCAUUAUAUGGGUUGAUAUCACCUUUUUUACAAGUGUAGUUACAUUAUUUAACAAUAAUUUUUUUCAGCAUUAUCUCUUUAUUUUUCAAUGGGUGGGAGGCAGAUUGCUAAUGCAUUCAGUUCCUUACAUUAUAUUCUUGGCAGUCCUGUUGCCUUAUUAUGUAGAUGAGUUGUUCAGUCCUAGAAAGCAUAGUAACUGAAGUGUGUUUUUUUAUUAUCAUUCUUGAAUUAGCACAGUGGUUUUUUCUUUGGAACCAAUAAAUUCAUAUCAUGCCCUCCAUUACAUUUUUUAUUAAAACAUAGAUUCAGAUACUUUUAAAAAGUGAUUAAAUUAAAACACAUCCUGCACAAAAUUCAGUAUGCACACAAAGGCAGUUCUAAAGUAUUAGUGUUCAGGAUGGUAACUAGUGAAAAGUUUUUUGUAAUCUGAUUAAUAACUAAGUGUGCACAUUUGUAAUUUAUGUUUACGUUUUGGUUUUCUCUGUUUCAAAAUCAGUAAUUGAGUAGACUCAAGCACUUUGGAUAAAAUACACCUUGAACAUAGAAGUAUGGUGUUUACUAAUUCUGAAAAUAAAAUACAGUAGGAUAAAACAUUUUUCAUAAGGAAAAUGAUUUUACAGGAAGCAAGGACUUCAUGAUUGCAUUGGAAGUCUGUCCUUUUUAAAGCACUCAUCUUUAAUGGCAUUUGAAUCCUACAUAUAGUAAAUUAAAUUCCAAAUUUCCAAUGUAGUCUUCACUAAAACUAUAAACUUUAAAGUGUAUUCCCUUGUAUUCUCUAUUCUACAUAAAUCUUAGAUGGUGACUAAGACUCAGGUUUAUCAUAAGUAUGAAAGAUAUUAAAACUAGAUUGAACAAUCUACAGUGGAAGAGGAAUGGGCUAGAUGACCUACUAAUCAAUUUGGUCCGAAUAGCUUUUAUCCUCUAGGAUUCAAUUGCACUGUAAAAGAUCAGCAAAUAUAUCCAACCAUAUUUCCUAUGUCCAUUUGGUUUGAAUUAAGUUCUGAUUUAUUUUAUUUGGUGUUACAAGAUUAUACUAUAACCACACAGCAGUUGUGUGCAAGAAUAAUUUUUAAAUGGUCAUGAAUUCCAACGUAUUGGGCAUGGACAGAAAUAUACAGAUUGCACAUAGGUGCAUUCAGUCCAUCACACAUCCUUUGUUUUUUAGGGCUCCUUCACAGGCCACUAAGAUUAUAUAUGAUGCAACAUAUUGUACAAUACUGAAACCAGUUGCUGUUUUGUUCCUCUACUAGACUCAUAGUUUAGUAGUUACAUUUCUCUAUCUGAAGUAUCAGUCCAAAACUGCACAGAUUAAAUUGUCUCCUUUAUUCAAAAUAGAAUUGUUGCUAGAAUUUCUAAUCACAAGCAUCUGUCUUGUAAAGGACUUAUGAUUGAUAUCAAAUACACAUAUGCAUCUUAGUCUUGCAAAAUUCUAUAGGUCCAUGGUGAGCAGCAUGGAAUGGUUGUGGUUUUUUUUUUUUCUGGGCAGGAGAAGGUGUUGCAGGGUGUUUUUUGAUGGGUGUAUGUGUCUGGGGUGGCAGAUCUGAAGGUGUGUGUACAGAUGCUCAUUUGGGACUAGAUUUCUUUCCCCUUAGAAUUUUGCCAUCCUAGGAAGUAAAGUCAGUGAUUCCCUCUUUGAGCUGAGGUAGUAACCUGAACAGCCCAUAGCAAAGCACAGCUUAUUGUUUGCCUUUUCCCCUGCCAUCUUUGCAUUCAGUGAGCUCUACUGGCUGAUGUGUUAAGAGGAUACCACAGCACUUCCCCUUCUACAGUACUGACUACCAAGUAUGUAGUAAGAGAACACUGAGGGUAUGUCUAAAGUGCAAUGUAAGCCUGGGCUCAGACUCAGGCCUGAGCGCUAACCCCCCUUCUGUCUACACACAAAGCUAAGGCCAGUAAGCCCCUGGACCCAGACUUUAGGAUCCAGCGAGAGGGGUUCCUCCAAACCCAAGCCCCACUAAUCCACAGUGCAUCAUUAUGUAGUGUGGAUGCAGCUUGAGCCUGGGUCCCCCAGGCUCAUGUCCUGAUAGUUUGCUAAUUCUAUCACACAGUCCCAUGGGCCAAUGUUCCUUGUUCUUUCUAUCUCAAGACUAGCCAGCUGACUCCCAGGAAAUGGAAGCCUCCCCUUGUUCAAGUACAGCUGCUCAGUGGUUAAUAUAGUAUUCUGACUGCUGAGCUGCAAACAGAAUGAACCAUCUCCUGUGCUAGCUAUGGCCACCGAUAAGAAUUCCAUUGACGAACAUGUUCCCUGGUGACGGGACCACAGUCAGAUAUUGGUUAAUCUCUGGUGCAAGGCAAGCAACAAGUUUCUCUUCACUACAAAAUUGCAGAUGAACUGGCAGUGUGUGGGAUUCACCGGACUGGUGACCAGUGCUGGGUCCGGAUUAAGCAGCUCAAGAUAUUGGAAAGCCAAGGUUGAAACCACACCUUUGGGAACUCCCCAACAUCCUGCCUCUUUAAUGAGGAGUUUGACUGGUUGUUGGCUACUGCACCAAGCAUGGAACCAACAGCAGUUCACGAUAGCCUGGUCAGCUGGGAUAGUGACCUUCUGACCCCUGAACUACUCCUAUACUAGAGGGGAACCAGCAGGCACCAGAUCAAGCUAGUGAAGUGACUCUGGUGCUCACACUGGUUUCCAAAGAGGUUCUGCCACCAGAGCAGCUGCGGCACAUAUUGGGUCCAUACUCAAAGGAGCAGUUUGAUUUUUUUUUUUUUUUUUUUUUCCCCCCCCUCUCCCAGGGAGGAGCCUACUGCAGAAACAGAAGAGACAUAAGUAGCCCCAGAGCCUGGUACAUUUCUGGAUCCAUGUUUUGUUGCUCUUAAUAUAGGAAUGGGAGAAAUUUUCAGAUUUAUGACCCAAUGCAAAAUGUAUUACAAGUAGGGCUGUCAAUUUCAUCACAGUUAACUCGCACGAUUAA